AUGAUCAAGAACGAAAGGCAGUACCGGAUCACCCGCAGGCAGGCAGACCGUUUCGCGCAGACCCUGGAGGGGUUUAGGGAGAGACCGGAGGGAGCUAAUGGGAUGCAUCCCCUGAUCGCGCAGGCCCAGGUGGAUGCGGUCAGCAGCCAGCUGGCCGAUCUUGAGGCCGAGUUGCGGGAGUACGAGGCGAUCAAGGAGGGAGCGUUUCAGGUGGAGGCAUUGCGGAUGGUGGGGGACCUGCCUGCAUUGCUCAUCAAGGCCCGCAUCGCCCGAGGACUGACCCAGAGGGAGUUGGCGGAUCGCAUGGGAUUGAAGGAGCAGCAGAUACAGCGAUAUGAGGCCACAGAUUACGCCACGGCCAAAUGGUCUCGCAUCAGGGAGGUGGCGGGGGUGCUCAGCAUUGAACUCGGCAGCUCGGACGCGCCGGUGAAAGCUCUCCAGUGA